CCAAAAUACAGUUUUCCACCAACAAACAGGGACAAUCGCCAAUCCACCAUCUUGGUUCAUCUGUCUUGUCAGCCUCGCCAUGGCGUCAUCCCUUCCCGCUGCUAAGCAGCAGCUGAGAAGUCUCAUGAAGCAGAAGCUGUCCAAGAUCACCCAGGACUCCAUCACCACUCAGAGUCGUUGUAUUUUUGAGACCUUGAAAGAGUUUCAGCCUUACAAGGAUGCUCGGCGCAUCAGCAUCUAUCUGGCCAUGCCGACGGCUGAGGUCCAGACAGAUGCUAUUGUGCGCCAUGCCUUAUCUGCUGGCAAGCAGGUCUUUGUUCCUUACUUACACAAGUCGCCUUUUCAAACACCGGAUACUCCAGCUCGGGUAAUGGACAUGGUUCACCUAAAAGACGUCCAGGACUAUGAGAGCCUCAAGUUGGAUAAGUGGGGGAUUCCCAGCGUGGACCCAACUACUGUCGAUGCGAGAAAACGUAUACUGGGUGGUUCAGACGUUCAAAGUUCCGAGCCUGCAAUUCUAGACUUCAUGGUUGUGCCUGGAGUCGCAUUCGACUUUGACCAGUCAGGGUCGAUUCGACGCCUUGGCCACGGCAAGGGCUUUUAUGAUUUCUUUAUCAACAGAUACAUGGCCAAACUCGAAACAAAGGACAUAGCGCACGAGAACCCGCUACAUUUGUAUGGCUUGGCUUUGACAGAACAGAUGGUGCCUGCGACAUCGGAGCUUCAGAUUCCCACAGACACUCACGACCGUAGACUCAAUGGCCUUAUUCUUGGAAAUGGCGAGAUCAAGGCCGGUGUACAUGAAGCUUCUACUUCGCGAUAUCCACGACAAGAUCUAUAACAUUAGAAUCGAAGGACCUGGAAUAAGAUUGGGGCCACGUGAUAUUCCCAGGUGUAGAUACAAUAGAUUCAGCUCUGUUGUUCAGAUAGUUGAC